AUGUUCAGGCUAAAACGGGUGCUACUAUCGUUGGUCACAGUGCUGAUACUACACAUUUCCUGUGCGACAUACAUACACGCCAGAAGACACUGUGCACUUGGGUAUACAGCACUGAGACCAUUUCUUAGAAAGCCGACCGUCACCAAACGCACGUCGCGUGAGGAAAAAAAGAGAAGGUCAGAGUUCCACAAGCAGCUCCAUAAGGAGCUUCGCAUGAAAUACUGGGAGCGUCUGGAUCCGGCUGUAAACAACAUCAUACAGUACAAGCCCGAAAGACAGGUGCGAAUCGACCCUAAAAGGGCAUUCGUAGUUCAGGAGGCGAUACCACAACUUGUGAAAUUAGAGCAGCAACAAGCCAACUGCUUUCUGACAGCCGAGCAGUCGGAGGCAUUUGACCGACGGGCUGGGUUAAAGCUUUUGUGUGACAUUAAGGCCGUAUUCUCCUUUAUCGCAGAAACAAUCAACACCGAUGACCAAUUCAAGGACUUCAAGUUGAUGGCAUCGCAAGAGCAACUACCUAAACAACAAGCAGAUGUCAACUAUAUCAUGUCGCUUUUGAAGGUAAGGAAGGCUAACUCUGUGGGACAAUCGUCAUUUAUACUGCAGGUCGAGACGGAACCGGAGCCGUCGACGGAGUGCACCGAGUAUCUCGGCCAUCUUGCAGAACUAGCAGGGUUGCACCCAAUAAGACUGGCACUUGACGAGGAGAAACUUCCUCGCGCUCCUGCGGGAUCACCUGAGACUUGUUGCGAAGAUGAAGAGCGGUUCGUUUGA